GAGGCGGCAUGGCGGACAAGCGGACGCGGGGCGAUCGACCCUCUCGGAUCUGAGAUCGCCUGACGCUUCUUCCUACGCACACAUUUCGCGCUCAAGCGCCCGUUCUUUGCGAAAAAUGGCAUCCUCCUCUGCCGCUGCCUCCUCGUCGAAGCUUCCUCCAUCUCGCGUGUCAGACGUGUCCAGCACGGAGUAUCCAGGCCACUUCCCUGGCGAGGACCAUAGUUGGGACUUGGCGAAGUUCAAGGAGAACCUGAAAGUGGACGUCAAAAGGCUAUCUCAGCGGUCUGUGGAGUUUGACCUCGUCGGCGUCGACGCGUCCAUCGCGAAUGCGUUCCGGAGAAUCCUCAUUGCAGAAAUCCCCACUAUUGCAAUAGAACAUGUAUACGUAUGGAACAACACCUCCGUCAUCCAUGACGAAGUUCUCGCACAUCGCAUCGGGCUCGUCCCAUUGAACGUCCCCCCAGCCAUGUUCAAGCCCCGAAGUCCGAAUGGCGUACCCACAGAUCAGGACACAAUCGUGUUCAAGCUCAACGUGACGUGUGAGGUUGACAAGAACUCAUCGAAGGAGAAAGGCGCGCCGCGAAAGCUCAUAAAUGAGGAGGGCGAGCAGGCUUCGGUGUUCACUGGUGCUCUUCCUCUUCCUGCACCAACAAACAAAAACAUUGUUCUUGCGAAACUCCGACCAGGACAAGAGAUUGACAUGGACCUCCACGCAAUUAAAGGUGUCGGGAAAGACCACGCAAAAUGGAGUCCUGUCGCCACCGCAUCCUACCGCCUCCAUCCCCUUGUCGUCUUCAACCCCUCAAAACCUGUCCCGCCACACCUCGCACAGAAGUUCGCAAAAUGCUUCAGCCCUGGAGUCGUGCAAGUGAGCAAGGACGGGGAGGUGUCGAUUGACGAGCAGAACCUGCGGAAGGAGAGCAUGUCCCGCGAGGUGCUCCGGCAUAAGGAGUUCGAGGGCUGUGUAGAGCUCAAAAGGAUCAGGGACUGGUUCAUCUUCACGGUCGAGUCAGAAGGGGCGUACGCGCCGCAGGACCUCUUCCCCGAAUCGAUCCGCGUCAUGCGAGAAAAGAUUGCCAACGUCCGGCGUGCUGCAGAGGCACUGUUGUCAGAUACGGACGGUGUACCUGGUGCUGUAGGGCCCGACGGGGAUGUAGCGAUGGGUGGUGUAUAAGACUCACAGGUCGUGCAUGUUGUGCUUGUACUCAUGCUCGGGCAACAAGGCAGACUUCGAUUCUAGUCUCAGCGGGGACGAACAGGUUAACAGAUGAGACACGUCUUGUUCAGCCUAGUUGUGAUCUUUUGAAGGACACAUGUCGAAGCUGCGCACUUGGCCAAGGUGGAGGCGCAACGUUGACACAGACUCAACGACUCAACUUGGACUCAACUCUCGCUUCUUCUGGCUUGACGCGCGGGAGAGGCGCAUCAACUUGAUCGGUGCACCGAUCAAUCCAGCGAUGACGCUGGUGACCCAGCCCGCGACUUGG